UCCUGAAGCCCCGAAAUACCACAAACACCCCCCGAUCCAAGCAGCCCGAACCGAAGCACCCAACCCCAAGCAAGUCAAUUCCAUGGGCGAGCAGGAGGAGCAAUCCCUCUCCCCCCACCCCCACCCCCUCUCCCCGUCGCCCUCCGCCGCCGCCCCCGCCACCGCCGCCUCCGCCCCCGCCUCCCGCUCCUCGCGCUCCAAGAAGCCGCACUCCUCCGACCCCUCCAGCGCGUCCAAGAAGCCCCGCCUGACGCUCUCCGUCCCCGGCCGCCCCCUCUCCGCCGACGGCGAGGUCGCCGCGGCCAUCCAGCACCUGCGCGUCGCCGACCCGGCCCUCGCCACCGUCAUCGACGCCCACGACCCCCCGGCCUUCCAGUGCCCCCACCGCCCCUUCCACUCCCUCGUCCGAUCCAUCCUCUACCAGCAGCUCGCCUUCAAGGCCGCCGCCUCCGUCUACUCCCGCUUCCUCUCCCUCCUCGGCGGCGAGCACAACGUGCUCCCGGAGGCCGUCCUCGGGCUCCCCCCGCAGGAGCUCCGCCAGAUCGGGGUCUCCCCGCGCAAGGCGUCCUACCUCCACGACCUAGCCCGCAAGUAUGCCUCCGGGAUCCUCUCCGACGCCGCCGUCGUCAACAUGGACGACCGCUCCCUCGCCGCCAUGCUUACCAUGGUCAAGGGUAUUGGCGCCUGGAGCGUCCACAUGUUCAUGAUAUUCUCCCUUGCGCGCCCCGAUGUGCUCCCCGCCGCGGACCUCGGGGUGCGCAAGGGCGUGCAGCAUCUCUACGGCCUCGAGGCCGUGCCCCGGCCGUCGCAGAUGGAGAAGCUAUGUGAGCAAUGGCGCCCGUACCGCUCCGUUGGGGCAUGGUACAUGUGGCGGCUCAUUGAAUCCAAGGCUCCGCCGCCGCAGCUGCCGCCGGCCAUCCCUGUCAGGCCACCUGCACUGCCUGCAACUGAUGAUGAGCUCAUGCUCCAGCAGCAGCAACAGAGUGUCAUCCAAAUGAUUGAUCCUCUUCAGAUGCUUCCAGGGAUGGGUUGAAUGCGGUACCUAUUCUGCACUUCUUGUUAUUACUCCUUGGUAUUAGUUGGGUCCUUGCUCCGUGAAGCUUUGUGUAUCUGUUGUUAUGUAUUGGUGGGGGAGAUUGGAAGAGAGUAGAACUGAAAAUGUGGUGUUGGAAGAACUGUUUAAUGAAUCAAUUAGCUUUCGUGUCGUUCAUCUUGUCAAGAUCAAUGCUUGAUGCUCUUUAGGUCAUGUAAAAACCAUCCUUAGUGUUUAAGAACUAAGAAUCUCCCCCGUUGAAGUUGUACCAUGCUUGUAGUUUAACUAAUGAAUCCAUUUAGGCAUGAAAAACACAAAACAGCUUCUCCUCAGGUUAUUUGCUAGAACUACAAUGUUGAUUACCUUGUGGGAGGUGCCAUAUUUGUUUUCAUCUAUGUUUCCCAUUGGAGUAUUUGCAAGAUGUGUUGAGGUAAUG